AUAUCUCACCAUUACCUCUUCUUCUUCGGUUCUUCCUCGUCUCAUAUUUUGCCUCUAAAUUGUCCUGUACUCAACUCCUCCACCGAACUGGCAUUCAUGGCGGGCCGUCUCAGCGUGUACGCACACAUGAACCCACGCGCCACUCUCAAUGGUCCUCCUCCUUACAAGAAAAACCUCUUCUUUGCUUUUAUAGCUGUGCGAUCCCAGCUACUAGCUAGAGGAACAAUGAGAAUACGGCGAAGUGGAAGUUCAGUAAUUAGGGCUUCCAAUGUCGGCGAUUCUUAUCUCGACAUGUGGAAAAGAGCAAAGGAUCAAGAGAGGAAGACGAAUGAGUUUGGGAGUAUUGUUCAGAACUCUCCUGUUAGCGGAAAUGAUGAUGUUGUUGAUAGUGAGGAGAGUCCAGAAGCACUUGAGAGGAAGAUUCAACAGUUCAACAAGCUUCAGGAGAUUCCCAAAGAAGAGAGAGACCGAGUUCAACGGAUGCAAGUCAUUGACCGUGCUUCCGCUGCCAUUGCCGCCGCUCGAGCUCUUCUUAAGGAGAGUCCUCCACUGCUCAAAGCAGAUUCUUCUGUUGAUUCAGUCUCCUCUGAAGUUGAUUUAUCCAAAACUGGGAAUAAUGGGGCAACAGAGAGUAUUCAUCUACAAGGAUUGCAUGAUGGAAAUUUAUCUGUUCGUCAGUCUGAAAAUUUUGGAGCUGGAACACCAGGUCCAGAUUUUUGGACUUGGACACCUCCUCCCCUUGAUAGUAGUAGAAAUUCAGAAGAUGUUGGGACUCUAAAGGCGGCUAGAAAAUCUGCUUCAAAUCCAAGUCCAACCAGCUCUGUGAUGGAAAAGGAACGGUCGAUAGAUUAUCUUUCCAUUCCCUUUGAGAGUACUUUUCCAGAAAGCAACCAUAAUCCUCCUCUUCCACCCCUUCAGUCACUCAUAGAAGUUGAAAAAAUGGAUGUCACUGAUACCAACUUAGAAAUGCCUUCUCUUGGGGGUGAACAAGAACUUGGUGUGCUGUUUCCGACACAUGCAGCAGAAGCAGCUCAUGCUCUGGAAGAGGUCAAUGAAGCAUCACCUCAGGGAGUGAAUCCAGAUGGAUCAAGGUGGUGGAAGGAGACAGGUACUGAACAACGAGCCGAUGGGGUGGUUUGCCGGUGGACAUUGAAAAGAGGAGUUAGUGCUGAUGAAUCUGUUGAGUGGGAAGAGAAGUUCUGGGAGGCGACUGGUCAUUUUGAAUAUAAAGAGCUGGGCUCAGAGAAAUCUGGACGUGAUUCUGCAGGAAAUGUUUGGCGUGAAUUCUGGAAAGAAUCCAUGUGGCAGGAUCCUACAAGUGGGCUUGUGCACAUGGAGAAAACUGCAGACAAAUGGGGAAAGAAUGGAAAUGGUACUGAGUGGCAAGAAAAAUGGUGGGAACAUUAUGAUGCUUCUGGCCAAACUGAGAAGUGGGCCCACAAGUGGUGCUCCAUUGACCCUAACACUCCCCUUGAGCCUGGCCAUGCUCAUGUUUGGCAUGAAAGGUGGGGUGAGAAUUAUGAUGGGCAGGGUGGCAGUAUGAAAUACACUGAUAAGUGGGCUGAGUGUUCUGAGGGUGAUGGAUGGUCAAAAUGGGGUGACAAAUGGGAUGAACAUUUUGAUCCAAAUGGGCAUGGUGUCAAGCAAGGGGAGAAAUGGUGGGAAGGAAAACAUGGGGACCGGUGGAACCGCACAUGGGGAGAGGGCCACAAUGGCUCCGGAUGGAUACACAAGUAUGGAAAGAGCAGCAGCGGUGAGCACUGGGACACACACGUGCAACAAGAAACUUGGUAUGAGAGGUAUCCUCACUUUGGGUUCGAGCACUGCCUCGAAAACUCUGUGCAGCUCCGAGAAGUUCGUAAGCUGCCUGAGACAUCAUGAAGUAUGUCCUCAAUUUUUUUUUGCCUAAAUUCCUCAUGCCGCCCUUUGAGCACACUACUGGUGUAGAGUAG